UAUAUCGCUGAUAUAUCAGUUGGCACUCAGAUUCGUUGUCGCCAUGUCCUGUGCAAUCUACUUCAUCGGGUUCGUCAUCAUCUUGGUGAUAUAUGCGGUGAAGAAAAAAGACCCUGAGCCAAUCUUUGGUAUUUAUUCAGUGCCCGGAAAAUGGUACUAUUUGAAGUAUUGCCUGUUUGCCUGUCUGUAUUACUUUAGAAAGUAUGGCAACAAGACGCGUGAAGCGGGUCUGGACGGAAGUGCGGGGCAGGGUGUGAAGGCCAUCUCGCGACCUGCCGAAAUGGAAAAAGCUCAGGUGUUGAGUGACCAUGAAAAGGCAUUUGACGCAGUAUUCUUCAUAUCAGCGACGAAGAGUGAAGAUGAUAAGGGUAUUUACGUGAUAGCCGGCUGUGAGAGACGGCCUAUGGGCAUGUGCAAUGGACUGUUUUAUAUUGGGCUGCCUGGCAAAGGCCUCCUUUGCAGCAAGAAGCUGCCAGACACGGUACUUUUUGGGGCUGACGUGUUCUCGUUCGGAGCCGAGGGUCUGAUCAUCACGCCACGAGAACCCAUGGAGCGGUGGACCGUGGCAUACAAGGGGGAGAUGUGGUAUCAGAAUGAUCCUGAGAAAGUAGUCCAGGUGGAGUUCAGUGGAGAAUGGACCGCCACCACCGACUACUUCGACUACGACACGGAUCUCCACCCGCCCACCGUCAUCCGCUCCAUCGCCCGGGAGAAGUGGAGCAGGAAGUAUUUCCAGGACCUUAAGAAUGCUCACCAGUCCCAUUACGAACAAUUCGGUGUGCUGAAGUGUGAGUUCAAUAUCGAAGGAGAGACAUUUGAAUACACGCUACCUUCGUUCCGGGAUCAUAGCUACGGUGACAGACGCGACUGGAGCCUGAUGCACCGGUACGCUUUCCACCACAUCUUCCUGCAGAACGGCAGCAGCAUGAGCGUUGGCGUCAUCUGCCAACCUUGCACAGCCUCCGUGUUCGAAGCGGGUGAGAUAGCCCUGGCUAACGGCAAGAUCUUGCCUAUCAAAUGGGUGGACUUGAAGCUGCAUCAGCACGGAGAAGAGGGCACGGCACCAAGAGACUAUGCCUUCAGUUUCCAGGCUGGGGACGAGGUUUAUACCGUGCAGGUUCUAGUGGAGUAUGAAGCAGUCCACUACGUGUCGAAGGACUGGGAGGCUCGCAUGGUGGAAAGGUUCUGCAAGUUCGUGGUGAACGGCGUGCCCGGACGAGGAGUAUCAGAGUUCCACUACAACAACAAGGAGGGACGGUCAGAGAAUUACGCCAAGAGUGACCCUACGUGGUACCGGAAGAUUUGCCACGAGAUUUAGAUUUUAAUACUCCAAGCUUAGAUGGGUAGAUCUACAAAAAUGCGGCGAAAACUUGGCGUCACAUAAAUGAAUACUUAAUAAGUUAUGUCAUUCAAAAAUUUUAAUAACUGGUUUUUGAAUGUAUUAUAUUCUAGGAUAUUUUUGAGUCCACGGUAAUGUAAAGAUAUAGAAUUCCGAUAUUAUUCGAAAAACUACCCAUGUUCUUGUAGGUAUGACAAAAUUUGACAAUUUGUGAUAACAUAGAGCAACACGGACCUCCACACGGAGCUCUAUGUGUGAUAAUGACAAAACAUUUUAAUUUAAAACUUAAGAAAAUCAAACAAUAAUAAGUGUGCAUUGUUUUAAGUUUACGCGGUUAUUAUCAUAAUUAAAACACAUAAUAACGGGUAUUUCGACACUGUUGCAAGUGCCGAAAGACGAGAGUGACGAGAGAAGAGUCAUCCCGUGAUCAUGGCACUUGCAACAGUGUCGAAAUAUCGGGAGUCUCAUAUCCCCAUUUAAACGCGGUAAGAACCCGUUAUUAUGUGUUUUAAUUAUAAUAAUAAUUGUAUUUUUUUUAUCAGCUGAUUUAUUAAAUGUUUAUAUCUCCUAACGAUAAGCUAUAUAGAUAAUAUAUACCUAGGCGGACACCUGUGAGUUCUGUGCCUAUUGAUUUCCGAUUAUAAUUCUAAUUAAUAAAUGUUACUACAGCAUUAGUGAAUACCUAAAUGAUACUGAUGUUACAAUUUGAAAAACUUCCUUCUCUUUUUGGAACUUGUAUUUUGUUGUGCCCGAAAGGGUCUAUGAUGUGAAACUCAUAUUUUAUGUAACUUACCAACUUGUUCACCAUCAUAGUACGCUACCUAUGCAAAUAAAGAAUAUUGAAAACUUAUUAA